AUCACUCUCAGGCUGGAGAUGCCAUCAUGAAUCCCAGUUUCUUUCGUCUACAUUCCCAAUCACACAACUGCAUGUUCGGUAUGCCGCUGCAUCGACUAUGUCGCAGGUCGAAGGUUCUAUUUCACUCCUCCUCCUUGUAUCGCCUCCAAGCUGGAGCAACAAAGCCUGCUACGUUGGUGGAACUGUUGACGACGCCGCCCCCGACCUCUCGGUUAGACCCAAUCAUGUCCAGCGGAUUCCACCUGGAGGGCAGUACUUCUGCGAACUUACCACCAUUGAGCGACAUCAGAAUAACGCCACCGCUUGGGAGGGUCACUCAGCGGCCAAUGCUCAAAAAACUCGCAGCCUUCACGUUAGAAAUCGCCGAUUUUUUCGAUAAGACUCACCUACGCAACACUCCGAUUGACGGACUUGUCGAUCUCUACAGAUGCUGGCCACCAUUCAUUGAACGCACCUUAGGGACACUGACGGCUUUGUCGGCUGAACACGGGGAUGCUCUCUGGAACAAUGCUUAUGUCAUUCAACCUGAAAUCAACAUUCUACGACUCUUCACCCAACGCGAGUACAAAUUCGAGGUGCAAUACCCUACAAUCGGCGGGAGAUUAAUCGACCGUGUCGUAUUCGUGAGGAUUACGGAAGGAUAUAUCCCUGUCUCCGCUGAAGAAGACAAAUGCACUGAGCCAUACGAAGAUGGCAUGAAGACUCUGUGGUCGCUCAGAGAGGCGAAUCGCUGUCCCUUCGAUCUCCGUGAUCAGAGCAUAACGGGGUUUUCCUUCGAAUUUCAUUGGCCAAUGAAGUAUCUUGGUGAUGGCAUAUAUUCCCGGCUCGGGGUCUCCCCGCAACGUCUGAACGCAGGAGAGAAGAUGUUGGCAGAGGAAUGGUCUCACCUCGCCAGCGCAUGUUCCUAGGGAACAAUCGCAAGCCGAAGUUCAUUCCUCCCCUGCAUUCGAAUUGCUUCGGGAGAUCUAUUAAUCGGUCAUCCCAUCUAUGAACAGCGCCUUCCAGCAUGGAUAGGACUGCAGCUGUUGCGAAUUGCUGUGGAAAGGCAAAAGUGGACGAAACCAGAAUGGGAUAAUAUCCCCUCUGAUUUGCAGAUGAAAAUCCUUGAUGUCUUUGCUCCACUGCUCCCGUUAUUCCCCUAUUCCCCACCAGCACCUCCAUCACUGAGAGUACAGGGGAACUCGGUACCUGUGCUAUCCAACAAGUGCAAUAAAUCACGAGAGUCAGGAAGAACAACACCAACAGAUUCACGAAGGUCAUCAAAGCCACCAAAUAGGAGAGACCGGCAAAUGGAAAGCAAUGGAGCACUGGCAACAACUGAUAAAGCAUUAUCAUCUGACGUUUCCGAUAAUGGGUCAGUCUUCAAGAUCAUUGAUCUAUGGAAUAACACACUCAAACUGCGGCGUUAUUGGACGCCGCGUGGGAUGCAUGCCAAAGGCCCACUUUAUCUCACUCAUGUGAUUGGCUACGGUGUAUUAGGGUAUGUCAUCAAGGGCAUAUUGGAUGGGAAGGAUGUUGUCGUCAAAUGGGUGGAAGAAGAAACAGGACAAGCGGAGCUGGAAUGGGAAUCCAAGGUUUACAAAGAUCUUCGAUCACAGUGGGGUCAUGCCAUUCCGCAUUGCUUCGGCUUAUUUGGAUCUGCAGAUAGAACGCAUUCCGUGCUAGUGCUUUCUUAUGAGGGCAGACCCAUUCAGGACAUACGUGAAAGAGCACAGGAUGUGUUGACUCUUGUCAAGAAGAUCCAUGAUUUGGGAAUCGUGCAUGGCGACGUGGCAGCACGCAACAUCCUCGCAAGGAAAGACGCCUCCUUAUGCCUGAUCGAUUUCCACUGUAGUUAUCACCAUGGCGAACCAUGUGACGGACACUGUACCGAACUCGAGGAACUCGACUCAGACGUACAGAAGUCAGCAGCUGUGACAUCACCUGAAGAGCACUCAAAGUACGACUUGGAGUUAUUGCCUCACUGAGAGCUCGUGUCGACUCGUUCAACUAGUUAACGUGUACAGUAUUAUACACUCGAGACAAUUAUUUGGAUCUGCGAGAUGAGCAUCCAAUAUAAUGGUGUACUGAUGUGACUCC